GCUGUCGCUAAAUCGUUUACAAACGCUCUUGGUCCCCAUAUCAAUGCGCCAUGUGCGAUACUUUCGCCUCACAGCAACCUGUCAUUAGCAGCCCGAAUACAUUAGCCUCUUUUAUGCAGCAUCUUCACGAACAUCCGAGCAGUCGUCGUAUAACGCCAACAGAGAAAGAAUGUCUGAUCCAAUGGUUAACAAAUCCUGAGAAACGCCCGUCAUCGCAGCGCGAGUUCAGCCGCCGUAACUACGCGAGGAAGACUUUUAUUUGGGACAACGAUACCCAAGAACUUCUAGCGAUCAACAAGACACAAGAGGGACAAGGCCGCAUUGUGAUUGCAGAAGAUAGGAUAGCAGAUACUGUGGAAGCCGUGCAUAGUUGCAAUGGCCAUGCGGGAUGGGAUACUACUUGGAAAGAUGUCAGCACGUCCUACUAUGGUAUCUUGAGGUCAGACGUUAUAUAUCUGCUUAGAAGAUGUCAAAUUUGCCGGCAUAACCCUGCAAAACGCCCCAAAAACCCUCUCAGGGCCGUGGACAAUCCCCACCCAGUGGACAUGAAUGGGUUUGACCUUCUAAACCCUCAAGAAUUGGAGGACACUACAUUGCCACCUCUUGAAACAGGCUUUCACGACCUACCAAGCAGGCAAUCCUGAUUUGACAAGUCCCGCCUGCGACCAGGCCGUUAGAUGGUUCUUCAUUCGAAUAUUUUCUUGGACUAAUGAAUGAGAAUCAUAAACGUCGAAUACCAUAUUCUCUGUCAAGUCUCUACUUCCCUUGGCUAUAAAACCUCGUCCACUGGCAAAUGUUCCCGUAUUGACAAUCACGACUACCUUGUUCUCCUAUAGCCUCAGCCCGUAGCCGCCAAUUACUAUGUAAUUGUUGCUCCUAUGGUCAUAGCUCUGUUUAUUGCUAAGUGAACUUGGUGAAAACAAAUGUAUC